CAAUAUUGCAAAUUGAAACGCUGCCUGGCAACAAGAAACCACAAAAAUUGCAUAUUCCUGUCCGUUGCACAACCCUUUGAGCCAAAAGGGGUGGUGGCGACGUCAGCAGAUGCGGCAACCUCUGUAGAUCUGCAAGGACUGAAGCAAUCUUCCCUUGUACAUCAUGCAAAGUGCUGCAGUUCUUUGCAUGUUCACCUGCUGGUGCAUUCUCCAUGCAGCAGCAGCUGCCAGGGACCCAACACAGUACGCCGAGCAAUUAAAGAAAGAUGCAACGGAUGCCACAGCUGCCAAUAUGCUCAUUGGCCAGAUAGCCCCGCUCUGGACUGGCUACGCAUCCCUGAACAAGCAGGUACCUGUUCCUGUGGCCCUCAACUGCCGCAACCCACAGCCACUGGAUGGCGUUGCAAGCAACAGCUCCUCUGCAAAGAAGUAUUUCGAGGAUGUCGCGUACAUCACCGGCGAUGGCUUCCAUGCAGUCACGCCCAGGCAGGACAAGCAUGACUACAAUGAGUCAUGGGCUCUUGGCAUCCAGAUUGGCGGCGGGUGCAUUAUUGGUUCGGACGGCAAGCCGUCGUGCGAUCUUGCCUUCAGCGCCAUCACGCGCGCAUCUGGCACGUCUCAGAUCAGGCGUGCGCCAAAAGAUGGAACCGUGAAGUUUGUCAGCUGCUCCGUCACCAUGGACACAACCACUGAGACAAGCUCCACCUGCUUUGAGGAUGACUCCACAACAAUGAUCAACAUCAAGACAGGCUUCCCAGAGAACAGCAUCUCGGCCAUCCAGUUCCUGUCAACCUACAGGGAGACUGCUCCGGACGGGCCGCCAGGGCUGUACACUCUGGUGUACCCCUGUCAGUUUUCCUUCAACCCCACCACGCAGAUCAACUCUGCAAUUGACCCCUCCAGGAACGGGUUUGGCAACGACCAGCGCAUUUCCAGCCUUUUGCCUCGCGUGGGCAACAACUUUGGCCCUGUGGGCAACGGGGGCAACUUGGGCAGGAAGGAGGACCUUUACGGGGGCGACAUUUAUGGAGAAAGAGACCCCAGCCCAGACACUUAUCCUGCAAAACUGAGGCAGGCCCAGCUGGCUGCGGAGCAGUGGCAGGCCAUGGCGCAGGAGGCGCUGCCAGGGGCACCGGCGGACCCCAGCAGCGUGCGCCAGGAGCUGGAGCGGCUCAGGAAAGUAGAGGCUGAGCUUGCAUCUAUGCGGCCGCGCGAGGCCAAGCUGCAGACAGCGCUGGCCGAGAAGAACCUGGAGAAUUUGGAGCUGCGGUGGCGAGUGGCUGCUGCCAGAGAGGCUACAAAUCCGAGUCUGGCACAGGCUCGGCAGCUGCUGACGGAUCCGGCGGUGGCGCGUGAAUUUGCGCGGCUGAGGGAGGAGGCGGAGGCCAAGGCGCAGGAGGUGCGGCGGCUGCAGGAGGAGCUGCAGGCCGUCAACUUCAGCCAGGAGUCCAAGGCCGGCCGCCUGCUCAUGGCCAAGUGCCGCGCCCUCCAGGAUGAGAACGAGGACAUGGGGCGGGAUCUGGCGGAGGGGCACGUGCAUGCGCUGGAGCGGCAGCUGGCGCUGGCCAAGACUGCGCUGGAGGACAUGCGGCGCGCAUACCUGCAGCUGGAGGACGUCACCCAGCAGCUCGACAACGAGGCCGAGGACCUGCAGGCCCAGGCGCGAGCCACCCCCAUCUAG